AUGGUCACUCAUAAUUCUUCAAAUAAUUUUGAUGUCAAUGUUUACUACGAAUCAAAUUCACAAACAACCGUUUCCCAGACGUACGAUACAUAUUGCAAUGAUGUUAAUAACAUGAUUUCUGAUCAGCAACUCAUGUCAAACACUAUCUCUCUCGAUCAACAACUCAAUGCCUCUUCACCUAAUCACCAUGAUGCUAAUGAUGCUAAUGAUGCUAACUAUCAACAAUAUAAUAACCAACAAACCACAAUUCCCGAUCAGCCUAAUGUUGCAUCACCCAAUCAUAAUCAGCAAUAUCAGCAACACGAUAUCGUUUCACCUAAUAGCGAUGAAUGUGAUACUAACUAUCAACAACAUAAUAACGCCAUUUCUAACUAUAGCAAUAACGCCACUAUCUCUCCCGGUCGGCAACCCACGUCAGACAAUAACGUGACUACCUCUUCUGAUCAGCAACCCACAGCUAAUUCACCUAAUCAUAAUCAACAAUAUCAGCGACACAAUGUUGCUUCACCUAAUCAUCAGCAGCAAUAUCACAAUUAUCAACAACCCAGUGGUAAUAAUAAUCACGAUUCAAACAAUACUAAUCGCAAUAAUCAUAAUCAACCAUCUUCGUCUAAUAAUGAUUCAUCACCGCAAUUCUCUUCACCUCAAUCUGGUAUAUUUCUUAACAUUACCAUUAAUUCUCCUCAGACAAAUUUUAUCAUUAUUCCUAAUAUGGAUAUUCAGCAAGUUCUUGCUUUUUUGAAUAAUCCUUCGGGAUUUCAACGAUAAAAUUUUGAUUUAUUGGUAGUAAAAUUUUCGAUUUCAUUCUAUAUUUCAUUAUUCUCUUU